CACCGUCGCUGAGCGGAUUCCUCCCACUAAACGGAUAUCCAUGGAAUUUUUCUCUCAGACGUAUGUCGCGCUACGAGGCCCGACCGGCGCGCCUCAGAGCGCCACCGAAACGAUCGCCCGGCUCAGUGAUCGACUUUCUCCGGCGACGCUGCUGGCCGACCGACGCGCUGCCGUGCUCUCGCUCAAGGGAUUGGCACGAGAUUGGAAGGAAGACGUGGGAGACCGGGCGCUACAAGGCAUUCUGGAUGUACUCGCCAAUGAUGCGGAAGUUGAUGUGGAUAUUGGAAAGGCCGCUCUAGAGACUCUAAACAUCCUCUGUGACGUGGAUGAGAACCGGGAGCUGGGAUUCAAGCACACGGAUAUAGUCCUUUCGAACGACAAGACCGUGCACACACUGUUUGCGCUCCUUGCGGACCAAGCCUUCUACACGCGCUUCGCGACGCUACAAUAUCUCUCUACGUUGCUCGAGAAUCGGCGUCAGAUUGUGCAGGGAUACUUCCUGAAAGCACCGGCCGGUCCGUCCAGCGUCAUUCUGGUCCUUGAAGACACGCGGCAGAUCAUUCGGAACGAGGCUGUAACGAUGGUACAAGCUUUGAUCUCCCAGAGUGUCGAAAUACAGAAAGUUCUCGCGUUCGAGGGCGCGUUCGAGAAGCUGUUUACGACCAUCACGCAAGAAGGUGGAGUGGAAGGCGGAGCUGUCCCUCAAGAAGUGCUGACCUGUGUCGACGGGCUCUUGCGUGGAUCUUUGCAGAGCUACUUCCGGGAACUUGCACUUCCCCCGAUACUUUGUUCCCUGCUUCUGUUUCCUCCUAAUUUGCCUCCGGAUCAACCUGCACCACAAGAGUUUGCUCUCCAGUUCUGGGAUGACCUCAAGGCUGCCAAUGUGACAUUAGUGGUGGGGAUCAUGGGAAUGCUGAUCAGCAGUGCAAAAGGCAACAGUACUCCAGAGGUGGCAGCCUAUACGCGUUGUCUCAUUGAAAUGGCCCUCGCAUCGAACGCACCAACGCCAUUGAAAACACAGGCAUUACAUCAUCUGCCUCCAAACGUGAACUAUCCACUGGCGGAAAUGAUUUUGACGCCGUACUGCCCGGUCCCGGACACUAAUGGGGAAGAAUGGGACCGUCUUGAACCUGCCACGGCUCUGGAUGUUCUCGUCGAACUCGCUCUGCACGGAGAAUACAACGGGGCUGACAGCGAGAAGCGUCUCAAAGACGGAUUGGAGUUGCGAACAGCAGCAGUUGGUGUUUUCGAGAACUUUGUCCGCCAAGACGAAGUGCGAUUGGCUAUCCUUCAAGCGAUGCUUCCGGCAGAGGGCUCUGAGAACUCCCAAGCAACACCACUUCUCCACUCGUUAUCCUGCCCGCCCAACACUUCUUCCGCCCCAGCUGUUGCCCCCAUCACGUCGACACACCUAUCCGUCUUCUUAUUCGCACAUCUGCUGCGCAGCUCGCCACGUGCGAAAGCGCUGGCUCGAUCCAUCGUGCCCCCCUCCCUACACUCCUUGGGCGAUCCAAAUGAUACCAGCGGCUUCUUCGUUCCUGCUGACGGCGGACCAGCACCCGGACCACCCGAGCCAGAACCAGAAGAUGAUGAGGACCCACCGCAGGCAUUGUUGCCGCUGUUGUGCGAACAUCUCUCACUUGCGUCUCUGGCACGUGCUCGCCUAGAUUCCUCAGAGCGAGAAGCUCGAGAAUGGGACCGGCUGGUUGGCGCUUACCUCUGUUUGCUGUGCCAAUGGCUAUGGGAAGAGCCUCUUGCCGUCAAGGAUUUCUUGGAUGCUGGAGGAUUGAGUGUACUGGUCGAAGCGAUCAACCAGACUGGCGAGACUGAUUCGGUGGCUCCAGGGCUGUGUGCUUUCUUGUUGGGUGUCUGCUACGAAUUUGAUCGCGAGCCGGGAGAAAUCACAAGGACCACUAUCUAUCCUAUCAUCAACCGCCUUGGUGUCGAAACCUUAGUUGGUCGCAUGACCCGACUGCGUGAUGACGAGCGGUUCAAGGCCGUUGGCCCCGACCUGGUUGUUUUGCCUUUCUCGGGAGCAACACCGGCCCAUGUCGCUGGCGUCAAGGGUGAUUCCGAGAAAGAGAAACAAGGGGAGAUAUGGUUUGAUUGGGCGUUCAUUGACUUCUGGAAGUCGAACUAUUACACUGUCCAGCGCAGCCUUUCCUCUCCUCCAGACCAGCUGGCAUCAUCUAACUCUGGUCCCAGUGCAGAGAGUGCUAUGCUCAUUGCCUCUCUUCGGGAUGUCAUCAAGAACCAGGCGCAGGAGAUGGAGGCUCUGAAGCGGCAGCUGCAAGAGAUGGAAGCUGCCCAUGCUGUCCAAAAGGAGGAAGCCAAAGGUUCGGCUAGUGCCGGUGUCCAGGAGAUCCAAGCACUGCAGUCCCAGCUCGCCAGUGCAAACGCCCAAGUUGCAGAGAUAUCGACCCGAGUUGCAGGGUUGACGGCUGACUUUGAAUCGUCAGAAAGUAAGACAAGGGAGCUGGAGAAGGAGCAGGAAGAUCUGCUUGUGUUGCUGGACGAAGUAAGCGCCAAACGCAAGACGGAUAAAGCUAGAAUGAGGGAAGCCGGGAUGGAUGUGUCGGAAGAUGAGGCGGACGAGGACGAGGAUGAGGACGAAGAGUGAGGCUCGCCUGUUGUAUAUCUGUUGUCGCCAUGGAUCGAGAAUUUGUAUUGCUCCGCUCGAUCGAUUCUGAGCUUGAGUCAAAGCAGAUGGGAGUUUGAGGGCAGUGUUUGAGACGGGAAGGUCGGGAGUCGAACUGGGUGCAUCUGAGGAAUAUACAAUGACAUAAACUGAGCCACGAUCAAAGAAACGGAUUCUCUCUCACACUCUCUGGGUCUUUGUGUGUCCUGAUGUUACAUGGUCCCAAGUGGCGCCCGACAAAGACCCUCUGUCAAGGACCUACAUUCUUGCUUGGAUUGUGCGCUUUGAUGUGAACCGUAUUAGGAAAUGCCCGGGCUUUGUCUUGACCUUUCAUGUCGGCUUGAUCUCUUUGUCCACCUCAAAGCGCGCAUCAUGCUCAAGCUCUGUCCAAAGCGCGAGGGAGCUUGCUUUAAAUCCGAAGGGAGGCAGUCGGCUCGAUUCAGCGACGAUCUCCGACGCCUUCCUUCGACCUGAAAGCCUCAGUAUCCUCGUUAUGGUCAACAUCUUCUCUUACUCCUGGGCUCAGAUCAGCUCCAAGUCCAAAAGAGCUAGAAAGAUAGCGAAGGACAGGAAGAGGUGUCCGGAUGUUGGACACUGCGUCUACCCAGUGUUACCAGCACGUCGGUCGGCCAGCUACAGGUCCGUGCUCGCCUCCAAGAAGUGCUCAACAAGAACGGUCUUAAAAGAGACCCCUUUCGUACCACUCAAGCAGCGCCGCAUAUGCGAGAACUGGGGCAUGCUGGAGCUAGACGACGAAGUCGAGCCGAUCGUUGUCGGAGGAAACUUCUAUACCUGGGAUAAAUCUCUUCCGCUCUCUUAUACGCCGUUGCCUCCACCACCUCGCAAGCCGCUCAAGCGUAGUCAGCUCGAAAGAGUCCCAAGAUAUCACGAACGUGGAGUGUGCAUGACUUGCUCGCCGGAGAGCGCACUUUCUUGUUCCAGUGUCCAGCUGAACGCAACAAGUGUCUGCGACCCAUCAUGGUUCGGCUAUGGGGCUGAUUUCGAGGAUUUCGACACAGGAGUGAGACUACAAGACGCAUCUGACUUCCCCCUGUUCCCUUGAUUCUUUCCGUUUACAACGUCCCACUAGUAGUUUUGUAGCUACUCGCCGCACAAAUCUAAAAUUAUCUAAUCUGCUUUGCGCAAUGGUAUCAACCUGUCACAGGUCAUACCUGCGUGACAGAACGCGCUGCAGACAAUCAUUGAGCACGCGGCGGGAGUUCCCGGAAACCUGUCUCAGUUUCUUGCCCGCUCUCUCCCAUGGAAUUUCACCCUCAGCGCCCUUUCGAUCGAAUCGAUGCACAUCCAAGACUUCAUUCCUUGCAGGUCAAAAGCACCCCGAUCAGCUAUACAGUCCAUACUUCAUCGUUGCGUCGCCCGCCUCCGGCCACUUCCACGCAACAGUUUCCCACACAUGCGUCCAUUAGUUUUCGCCCGAACGCUCUCAGGGAGACGCCGGCUAUCUUUCCGAGUCAAGUCUCAAUUCUCGAGUGCGAUGCAGACAAUGCUGUCGAGCGGCACAAUCGCUUUCACUCUCCUGCUGUCACUGCCAGUCUGACCGACGCCGACCAACAUGUCUGGAAUGGCUGUCACGCGGAGCAGCGUCCUGCAUCUGUUUCGAGCUCUUUUGCGCCCUGUUAUGUCUCUCUCCACUCCACCUCUGACUCGCGUUCUCCCCCCGAUCACAAGAGCUCGACGCCGUCCGAUUUCUAUGAUGAAAAUGCUGAGAACAUCAACCCCAAUCAAGAAGACUCAAGCAUUCACCCAAUGCUGAUCAAGAAUAAAUCCUGCGCAAUGCCUGACUUUCGCUCGGCGAACAUCCUCUGCGACUCGGGAGUCUCAGACGUUCCGGUGCCGAACGAGGAAGACGUUCUUGAGCUUGAGUCUGAGGAAGGCGAGGACGACGCGGGCGAGGGGGAGAGUCAAACCUCGGUGCUUGUUCCGAUUGCGGCGCCGAUUCCUCUGCCAUAUAAUGCACGGAGUAAGGAGAAUCAACGCUGGCCACAGAUACGAGGCAAUGGCCCGGUAGUGUCGAGCUGCCGUCGAGCGAUUCUGAGACGCGUCAAUCUGGACAUGCGAACCUGAACUUGAACCUGGAGUAUGCUGGGCCGCCACAGUAUCAGGAAUACGACCGGGUAGCAUGCAGUCAGACGGAAGUUUCGAAACCCCUGCGCAUCAGGUCGAUAUCACCCGCAACGUUCAUGGCCCUGACCGAACCUAUUCUCAUGGCCUGGUGGGAUGACUGACGCCACGUCGGCUCGACGUGAGAUCGUGCACUCUGAGACAACGUAGAUAUCAGUGUUUUCCAUCAAUAUGCACGGCUGAUCAUGAUUCUACUUCGUUCCGGAGCAGAACUGUUCUUGUUCAGUCCCCCACACAAGAUAUCAGUUCUUGGUAUUGGAAUUGCCGAUUUCGAGUGCGUCAUUUUACCGAGGUCAAUCAGAGAUUGGCGCAUCGAACUGCCAGCGACAUGAUUUGAUGAUGGUCCACUCCAAAAUGUGGAUCAUUGGAUGCCUCGCCAAGGAUCGCCGCUGUCCAUGCUCGUUGGAUACGGAUCCAUUACAU